AUGGCGGCUGUCUGGUUGUUCUGCGCCCUGCUCCUACUUCAGCCUUUGGCCCAGGGGGAGUUGCACACACCCAUCCAUAAGCCUGGCUACUGCACUUUCUAUGAGGAGUGUGGGAAGAAUCCAGAGCUGUCUGGAGGACUCACAUCACUGUCCAACGUGUCCUGCCUAUCCAACACACCUGCCCGCCAUGUCACAGGCAACCACCUGGCUCUCCUCCAGCGCAUCUGUCCUCGUCUCUACAAUGGCUCUGAACACACCUAUGCCUGCUGCUCCAUGCAACAGCUGAUAUCCCUGGAGAGAAGCAUGUCCAUCACCAAGGCUCUCCUCACCCGCUGCCCGGCUUGCUCAGACAACUUUGUGAGCCUGCACUGCCACAAUACCUGCAGCCCCAACCAGAGUGUCUUCAUCAACGUCACCCGUGUGGCCUCACAGGCGGCUAAUGAGACCCCUGCUGUGGUGGCCUACGAGGCCUUCUACCAGCGUAGUUUUGCAGAGAAGGCCUAUGAAUCUUGCAGUCGGGUACGCAUCCCGGCUGCUGCUACACUGGCCGUGGGCAGUAUGUGUGGUGUGUAUGGUUCAGCCCUCUGCAAUGCGCAGCGCUGGCUUGACUUCCAAGGAGACACAGGGAAUGGUUUGGCUCCACUGGAUAUCACCUUCCACCUCUGGGAACCCGGUCAGGCCCUGGCAAGUGGGAUCCAGCCACUGAAUGGGGAGAUUACAGCCUGCAAUGAGUCUCAGGGCCAAGACAUGGCAGCCUGCUCCUGCCAGGACUGUGCAGCAUCUUGCCCGGUGAUUUCCCGGCCUCCAGACCUGCGCCCUUCCUUCUACAUGGGGCGGAUGCCAGGCUGGCUGGCCCUCAUCAUCAUCUUCUGUUCUGUCUUUGUGUUGCUCACUGCUAUCCUGGUGCGCUUCCGUGUGGUUUCCGACAGGGCCAAAGGCAAGAUGGGAGGACCCCAUGUAACUCCAGGUAGCACUCACAAGCACAGAUUCUCUCUCCAUAAUGUCCUUGGCCAGUUCUUCCAGAAAUGGGGCACAACAGUAGCCUCAUGGCCACUGACCAUCCUGGCUGUGUCCACCGUGGUAGUGUUAGUCUUGGCGACAGGCAUGAUGUACCUAAAACUUGUCACUGACCCUGUGGAUCUGUGGUCAGCUCCCAAAAGCCAAGCCCGGAAGGAGAAGGCUUUCCACGACGAAAAUUUUGGCCUCUUUUUUCGAACCAAUCAGGUUUUCCUGACAGCUCUGAACCGGUCCAGCUACAUGUAUGACUCCCUGCUGCUGGGGCCCAAGAACUUCAGUGGGAUCUUGUCCCUGGACCUUCUGUUGGAGGUUCUGGAGCUGCAGGAGAGGCUGAGGCACCUGCAGGUGUGGUCACCCGAGGCCCAGCGAAACAUCUCCCUGCAGGACAUCUGCUACGCACCCCUUAACCCGCACAACACCAGCCUCUCUGACUGCUGUGUCAACAGCCUCUUACAGUAUUUCCAGAACAAUCGUACACUGCUGCUGCUCACAGCCAAUCAGACACUGAUGGGCCAGACUUCUGAGGUGGACUGGAGAGACCAUUUCCUCUACUGUGUCAACUCCCCGCUCACCUAUAAAGACGGCACAACGUUGGCCUUGAGCUGUAUAGCAGACUAUGGGGCCCCUAUCUUCCCGUUCCUCGCCGUGGGGGGAUACCAAGGGAUGGACUACUCAGAGGCAGAGGCUCUGGUCAUGACCUUCUCCAUCAACAACUACCCUCCUGAGGAUCCCAAACUGGCCCAGGUCAAGCUCUGGGAGGAGGCCUUCCUGAAGGAGUUGCAGGACUUCCAGCAGAGGACAGCUGGAAGGUUCCAGGUCGCCUUCAUGGCUGAGCGCUCUCUGGAAGAUGAGAUCAACCGCACCACCUUGAAGGAUCUGCCCAUCUUCACCAUCAGCUACUUUGUCAUAUUCCUGUACAUUGCCCUGGCCCUGGGCACCUACUCCAGCUGCACCAGAGUGCUGGUGGAAUCCAAGGCCACGGUGGGCCUGGGUGGGGUGAUGGUGGUGAUAGCAGCCGUCGUAGCUGCCAUGGGCUUCUUCUCCUAUGUGGGAGUACCUUCCUCCCUGAUCAUCGUGCAAGUGGUGCCUUUCCUGGUGCUGGCUGUGGGCGCUGACAACAUCUUCAUUUUUGUCCUCCAGUACCAGAGGCUGCCGCGAAAGCCUGGGGAGCAGCGAGAGGCCCACAUUGGCCGAGCCCUGGGCAGUGUGGCCCCCAGUAUGCUGCUAUGCAGCCUCUCCGAGGCCAUCUGCUUCUUCCUGGGAGCUCUGACUCCCAUGCCAGCUGUGCGGACCUUUGCCCUGACCUCCGGCCUGGCCAUCAUUUUUGACUUCCUUCUGCAGAUGACUGCCUUUGUGGCUCUGUUCUCCCUGGACAGCAAGAGGCAGGAGGCAUCCCGUUCUGACUGCUGUUGCUGCUUUGCAUCUCGGCGUCUGCCUCCAUCUGAGCAAAACAGUGAGGGGUUCCUGCUUCGCUUCUUCCGCAAGAAAUAUGCUCCCUUCCUGCUGCAUCGGCUCACCCGCCCUGUCGUGAUGGUGCUGUUUCUGGCCUUGUUUGGAGCAAGUCUCUACUUCAUGUGUCACAUAAGUGUGGGGUUAGACCAGGAGCUGGCCCUGCCCAAGGACUCCUACCUGCUUGACUACUUCCUCGCUUUGAACCGUUACUUUGAAGUGGGGCCCCCAGUGUACUUCGUCACCACAUCAGGAUACAACUUCUCCAGUGAGGCAGGCAUGAAUGCCAUCUGCUCCAGUGCUGGCUGCAACAACUUUUCCUUAACCCAGAAGAUCCAGUAUGCCAGCGAAUUCCCAGAUCAGUCUUACCUGGCUGUCCCUGUGUCCUCCUGGUUGGAUGACUUCAUCGACUGGCUGGCCCCAUCCUCCUGCUGCCGCCUUUAUCUCUCUGGCCCCAAUAAGGAUGAAUUCUGCCCCUCAACUGAUAACUCUUGGAACUGCAUAAAGAAUUGCAUGAGCUUCACGCUGGGUCCUAUACGGCCCACGGUGGAGCAGUUCCACAAGUAUCUUCCUUGGUUCCUGAGUGACCCACCGAACAUCAAAUGUCCCAAGGGCGGCCUGGCAGCAUACAGUACCUCUGUGAAUUUGGGCCCAGAUGGCCAGGUUCUAGCCUCCAGGUUCAUGGGAUACCACAAACCACUGAAGAAUUCUCAGGAUUUCACAGAAGCUCUUCGGGCAGCUCGACUGCUGGCAGAAAACAUUACAGCUGACUUGCGGAAGGUGCCAGGAACAGACCCAGACUUUGAGGUCUUCCCCUACACGAUUUCCAAUGUAUUCUACCAGCAAUACCUGACGGUUCUCCCUGAGGGCAUCUUCACGCUUGCCCUCUGUUUCAUCCCGACCUUCAUAGUCUGCUACCUCCUGCUCGGCCUGGACAUGUGCUCUGGUAUCCUCAACCUCAUCUCCAUCAUCAUGAUCCUUGUGGACACCAUGGGCUUGAUGGCCAUAUGGGGCAUCACCUACAAUGCUGUGUCCCUCAUCAACCUGGUCACGGCGGUGGGCAUGUCUGUGGAGUUUGUGUCCCACAUCACCCGCUCCUUUGCUGUUAGCACGAAGCCUACUCGGCUGGAGAGGGCUGAAGAAGCUACCGUCUUUAUGGGCAGUGCGGUAUUUGCUGGAGUGGCCAUGACCAACCUGCCAGGUAUUCUUGUCCUGGGCCUUGCUGAUGCCCAGCUCAUCCAGAUCUUCUUCUUCCGGCUCAAUUUAUUGAUAACCCUGCUGGGCAUGGUGCAUGGACUGGUCUUUCUGCCGGUUGUACUGAGUUACCUGGGGCCUGAUGUUAACCCAGCUCUGGCACUGGAACAGAAACAAACCGAAGAGAUGGCAACAGCCAAUGAGAUCUCCUGCCCAAAGCAUCCCUUCCCUCCUGAUGUGACCAAUAAUGUCUAUGUCAACCAUGGCUUCUAAGAUUUUGCCAAACAAGCUGGUGCCAUCAGCGUUUCCUUGCCCAAGAAUAGGCAAGAGUUCUGA